AUGGCUACUACUUCCGGCGCUUCGCGCAGCUUCUCAACAUCUAUUGGAUCAGAAGCACAUCAGAAAACAGUCAAGGAGAAUCCUGUUAUCAUUGGCCUUUAUGGCCUACCAGGAUCCGGCAAAUCGACUCUCCUCAAACAGCUAAGUCUAGGAACCGCUGCCAAGCUCAAAAGCAUCGUCUUCCUCGAAGGCUCCGACCUGAUACGUGCCGUUGUCCCUUCAGGCCGCACAAAGUUCCGGCAACUAUUCAAUAACAAGAAGGAGUAUUUCAGAGAGCUUGCCAUUGAAACGGCACGAAAAAUCUGCGUCGACGAAGGCAAAAUCGUCGUUGUCACUGGAAAUUACAUGUUCUGGGAUGAGAAAAAAUCCGGAGGUGAGAGGACUUGGACAAAAGCGGACGGAAAGACAUUCUCCCAUAUUCUGUACCUCGACGUACCAGCUGAGGAGAUUGCACAACGUCGCCUGAAUGACACCACAUGCGUAAGACCAAAGAUAACUACGCCAGAGUUGAGUUCUUGGCAGGAGACUGAGAAAGCGGAACUACGGUCGCUCUGCAAAGACGAUGGAAUUUUGUUCUCAGUAUUGCCUUUCUCUUCCAAUAUGGAAGAGGUCAUUACACCAUUCUUGGAAGAUUUUGGUCUUCUCACAGAAAAGCAAAAUUUGCAAUUUCUCUAUGAACUACUUGAAGAGCAAGUGAAUAAAAUUCCCGAACCCGCCCCCGACUGGAUGGUCAUUGCCACGGAUACGGAUGGCACAUUAACUCCCCAGGACACCGGCAAGAUGAUGUGGAAAGACCCCAGCCUCCAAACUACUUGUCCACCACGACCAGGAGAUGUCAUGAUCAAUGAAGUUUUCUCAGGUCCUAUGGGGCACUCGUACAAGGCCUUUCGACAGGCUGCAUUGAUCUACGGAGAGGCGUUUGACGACAAGGACUAUGACGCUUGUUGCAAGCAAGUCGCCAGCGAGGUUGAAUUGUAUCCUGCAAUUCUACCUCUCAUUAAAUGGACCGACAGCAGUGAACAGGCCACUAUCCUUGUCAUCACUUGUGGACAAGAGAAGGUAUGGAAACAAGUACUCCAAAACCAAGCCCCAGGCUGUAAAGUUGUCGUCAUGGGAUCAGGACGAGGUUCAAACGCCUUAGUCAUUACCCCCGAAAUCAAGGCCUCUCUGGUCUCAUACAUACAAGAAGUUGGCCGAUUCGAAGUGUUGGCAUUCGGAAACAGUCCACUUGACAUGCCAAUGAUGAAAGUAGCAGACGAGGCCUUUAUCAUCGUUGGCGAUAAAGAAACAAGAAGCAAGAGCAUGGAUGACGUUCUUGCUAAAGCAAUCACCGAAGACGGCUUUUGGGCAAACCAGGUGCUCAUGACCCCCAAUGCUACACCACGACUCGACACAACCGAAUUCCCAACAUGUGACAUCGCAGACCAAGAAUUUCGGGACGAAAUCAUGAGCCGGCCUAAAACCAACGUAGUCCACUACGCCCGGGACCACAAGGCCAAACUCCUCCUGAUGACACGCACCCGCGAUGCCGGUAUCUCCGGCCCCGCCCUGCGCGAAGCUCACCGACAACUUGGCUACUUUGUCGCCAUCGACUGCGUUGCCGAUGUUAUCGGCCUCGAAGAAUACGACAUCACGCAUGUUCAAGGACAUACCGUACCCGGAUAUCGACUCAAGAAUGAAUCAUCCACCAUCAUUGCCGCAAUAAUGCGUAGUGGAGAACCAAUGGCUUUUGGAGUCAACGACGCCUUCCCCAGUGCGAUGUUUCUCCAUGUGAAGACUCCUGAGGAUAUUCAGGCUGGCCAUAUCCAGGGGAAGAAGGCGAUUAUCUUGGUGGAUUCGGUGAUCAAUACUGGGAAGACAGUGACUGGGUUUCUCGAACGGGUUUAUGCUUUGGAUAAGGAGCUUAAUUUGGGUAGGCAGUUUCGUAUUUUUGUUGUGACGGGAGUGCUCUUUAUCGAUGCGAUUCCUACGUUUCGGAAGAUUCGCGAGGCUUCUCGAAGUCAUACGACAGUGGCGGCAUUGAGGAUUUCGCACAAUUCAUUCACGGGCAAAGGAUCGACGGAUACGGGAAAUCGCUUGUUUAAUACGACCCACCUGGAGUGA